CUCCACUCCGCUCCACUCAAACUCAGAGAGAGUCGCACUGCUCCUCCCCUACUCGGCAUUGUUUUCGCAUAAGGAAGGCUCCUGCAUUUUCUCGCGGCGCUGGUUCUCAUGGCGUCAGAUCGGUGCCUUCCCUAUUUCAUGCUGCUGAUUCUCAUUUCAGGGUUCACCUUCGUACCGACGCCGGUCGCGUCGUCGUCCUCCAUCGGAAUCAACUACGGCCAAAUCGCCAACAACCUCCCCUCGCCGGACGACGUCAUCCCCCUCGUUAAGUCCGUUGGAGCCACCCGCCUCAAGCUCUACGACGCCGACCCCCGCGUCCUCCGCGCCUUCGCCGGCACUGGCGUGGAGUUCACCAUCGGCCUCGGCAACGACUACUUGACCCGGAUCCGUGACCCGAACCAGGCCCUCACCUGGCUCAAGUCCAACGUCCAGGCCUACCUCCCUUCCACGAAGAUCACCUGCAUCACCGUCGGGAACGAGGUGCUGACCUUCAACGACACCUCCCUCACGGCCAACCUCCUACCGGCGAUGCAGAGCCUCCAGGGCGCUCUCGCCAAGCUCGGCCUCGACGACCAGGUCACGGUCACGACGCCUCACUCGCUCGCCGUCCUCGAGACCUCGUACCCGCCGUCCUCCGGGGCAUUCCGGCGGGACCUCGCCGCGCCCCUGACGGAGAUCCUGAAGUUCCAGGCUAGGGCGGGCUCACCGUUCCUGAUUAACGCCUACCCGUUCUUCGCCUACAAGGCCAACCCUCGGCAGGUCCCGCUCAAUUUCGUGCUCUUUGAGUCGAACCCCGGCGUGGUCGAUCCGUCGACAGGGCUGCAUUACGACAACAUGCUGUUCGCCCAGAUUGAUGCAGUUCACUCGGCCCUGGCCUCACUGGGGUUUCGGAACCUGACGUUGCACAUAUCGGAGACCGGGUGGCCAUCAAAAGGCGAUGCGAAUGAGGUCGGCGCGACCCCGGAGAAUGCCAGGAAGUAUAAUGGGAAUCUGAUGAAGAUCAUGGCGCAGAAGAAUGGGACGCCGUUGAGGCCAAGUGGAGAUUUGAACGUCUAUGUGUUUGCCCUGUUCAAUGAGAACUUGAAGCCUGGGCCGGCUUCAGAGAGGAAUUACGGGUUGUUCAAGCCUGAUGGGACGCCGGCAUAUGCGCUUGCGCCGAAUGGAAGUGAUGCUGGUGGGAAUGGGAGGCCUGCCUCAAAAUCUGGAUCGCCACCGCCGGAGACAGCAACGCCAACACCAGCUUCGACAAGCACGAGCUCUUCCACUGGUUACUUGGCCAUUUCUUCGGGCGUGGAAAGAUGCCAUCAUAAUGGUCGAACUCUCUUGGUCUUGUGCCUGGCUGCAAUUAAGCUGCUCUUUUGACGGCAAAACCGAGUUGGGAUUAGAAGUGCUGUGGAAGUAUCAUCAGAAUCAGCAGUUUACCAAAAGCAAAAGAAUUAAAAAGAAGAAUGUCAGACACAUCUUUGGCUGAUGAUACAAGGUGUAGAGCUUGAUGCAGGAUCUUGAUCCAGUUUCUAGAUGAUAGGCAUGUUGAGAGUCAUAUAAGUUUUUGGUAGUUCUAUUUUCGCUAUCCUAUUCACUUGAUUAUAUAGUUAGGGUAUGAUCGUGCCGUCCCCUUAGAACUUAUUGUAUCGAACAUCGAAUAGAGAAUUGAUUAUUUGAUGACA